AUGUCUGAUACAAUAGCUUCAAAAGAAGAAGCAUCAAAGAUAUUUGAUAAACUAAGAAAAGAACCUGCCAAUCAAAUAUGUUUUGAUUGUUCAAAUAAAAACCCAACUUGGACCUCAAUUCCAUUUGGUAUAUUCUUAUGUUUACAAUGUUCAUCAGUUCAUAGAAAUUUAGGAGUACAUGUUUCGUUUGUCAAAUCAUCAAAUUUGGAUUCUUGGCAACGUAUUCAAUUAAGAAACUUCAAAUUUGGAGGAAAUCAACAAGCUAAAGAUUUUUUUCUCAAGAAUGGUGGGUCACAAUAUAUUGGAAGUGAAGAUGCUAAAACUAAAUAUACUUCACCAGUUGCAAAUAAAUACAAAGAAAAAUUAAAACAAAAAGCAUUACAAGAUGCUAUAAAACAUCCUGAUUUAGUUACUUUGGAUGAUUUAAAUGAUGUUGCUUCAUUAAGUUCAUCAAAUGAUAGUUCAGAUGAUUUUUUUUCAAAUUGGACAAAACCAGUUGUUGCAACUCCAUCUCCUUUAGGAUCAGCUAAUGGUACUCCAAAUGCAUCAACUGAUGAUUUACUAGCAAAGAAAAAACCAAUAUCGAGAACAAGCACAGCAUCUAGAAUAAAAUCAAGUACUCAAGCUAAAAAAUCAAUAUUAUCAUCAACAAAAGGAAAUGGUCCAAGAAAUUCAAGAUUAUCUACUAAAAAAACUGAAGCAAUAGAUUUUGAUGAGAUAGAAAGAAAAGCAAAAGAAGAAGAAGAAGAACGUAAGAAAUUGGGCUAUACACCAGAAGUAGAAGAACCAGCUCCACCAAAACCUAUAAAAUCAUUACCAAUUAAACCUGAAGAAUCUACCACCAAAGAAAAACUAACACCUUCACUUCAAGAAACUACUCAAAAUUUUCAAAAAUUAGGAUUUGGUAUGAUUCAAGGUGAUAACAACCCAACAACCACAACCAAAAAAUAUAAAGAUGUCAAAUAUACGGGAGAAGUUUCAAAUAAAUUCGGUCAACAAAAAGGGAUAUCAUCAGAUGAAUUUUUUGGAAGGGGUCCAAGAUUUGAUGAACAAGCUAAACAAGAAGCACAAUCUAAAUUACAAGCUUUUAAUGGUGCACAAUCUAUUUCUUCUUCUUCAUAUUUUGGUGAAGAACAACUUGAGGGUAAUUCACAACAAGGUAUUAAUUUAAACGAUAUAGAAGCAAGUGCUAGAGAAUUUGCUUCAAGAUUCUCAGGUAAUGCAAAUCAAGAUAUAGAAGUUUUAAAAGAUGCUUUAGAAGAUGGAGCUAAUAAAUUAGGUUCUUAUUUAAGAGAUUUUUUAAGGUAG